CCAUGUGCUUUAGUGACGUUUUUCUUCAUAGCUCCAUGUGAGCCAUCUUAAGUUCUGUUACAGCAGACAGAAAAAUCACUCCCCUCAGGGAAAAUGUGAGGACGAGAUGAUUUGAGAUUAGGUCUGCUGGUGUGACACUCCCUUUCCGAUAACUUUUACAAUUGGUGACACAGGAUUUACAUAAGCUGUGUGUUUCUAGUACAGCUUAGAUGGUAUUGGCAAUGCUGCAGGGCUGAUGGGAGAACUCUCUGCAAGGCCAGUCUUUCUCUGCCUCUUUGCUCUUUGUGGGGGUGGACCAAUAAACAGAACUAAGGAUGAAAAGGGUAGCUGCUGGAUGAAGGCAAUGCUGAGUAGAAAGGGCCUUUAAGUGCAAUGUAGCAUACCAGGAAAUGUGCUGCUUUGGGUUAAAGUGGAUAGCAGCUGCUGGUAGCCAAGCCAACACUUUUUUGUGAAGCAGCUGAUGUCCCAAGACUGUCUCUGUGUUGACUAACCCCAGUAUGGAUCAUGGUCAAAAGGGACAUUGUCACUGUGGUGUUCUACUCAUAAUUCUGUGAAUUCUGGUAGAAAUACUACCAAGUGGUUCAUUAAACCAUAGCAAAACAGUGGAGCAUAAGGCAGAAGUCUCUAAAGAAGGCUUGGGGGUCUUUUUAGUAUUUUCUGUAGCUUGGUGGGAAGCUGCAAGCUGGAAGGAGUUGGUCAGACUUGCAAGUGUGUCCUAUAAUUCUGAGGAACUGAGGACAGAACUUGCUAGUUGCUCCUCUGCCUUGGCCCUUUCCCAGUAUGGCUUUUUGGUGGCCGCUGCUGCUGCUGCUCACUGUUGCAGCCUCUUCCUCCUUUUGAAAAGCCCAGAAGAGUUCAUCAAGAUGCAUGCAGCUCAUCAGGCCUACACAAAGAGAACAAAAAGUGCAGCAGCAUGGACUUAACAAUUGUGUUGUGACAUGCUUGUGACCUGAAGAAGUUGUUACAGGUUACUUAUAUAUGAUAUAAACAUUACGAUGUCUUACUGUACUGCACUGAAUUGUGGGAGUGCUUAGAACUGUGCAUGCAGGUCUCACCAGCAGCAAUGGGUGUAUUAGUGUUGGGCAUAUGUUUGUGGCACCGGGCCUAUCUGUCUCAGCAGCUGUUAUUGUCUGUGUGAGAGAAGCUGGCAUUGUGUAGGGGUUCUGAUUGGAACAUGCCAACUUGAAAAUCUGGCACAGGGCCCCUGUGAUGGUGGAAGUGCUGUUUUACUGGGGUGUUAGAAGAACUAGAGGCAUGCCAGGCUUUACGACAAAGCAUCUGGCUUAAUGGGGAUUACUAUGGCGGAUGAGAUUUCUGGGCUAGAUUGCAAGACUCAGGGAAUCCUGAAACUGUUGCUCUCAUGAGAUCUGUGGCUCUGGAAAUGGCCAGGUUGGAGGGGCUAUUCCUUGGCUGUUCAAGAAAGGAGGGAGGGAGGGAAAAGGGUCCACGUGCCUGCAUGCUGCGAGCAGAGCGCUUGCCCCCUCCCAGCCCACAGGCUGGCCUUAGGCAGGGCAGGGCCGCGGCUGCACUGCCCAGAGGAGCCCCUGCUGCGAACGCCCACGGCGUCGGGUGGCGGGGGAGCGCCGGCCGGCAGCCGCCGAGCGCUUCCUGGCAGGGGCGGAGCGGGCGCCGGCGCAGCCGAUGAGGGGUGGCGGGAGCGGCUGUCACCUUCGCCAGGACCAGGAAGGAGAGCAAGAGCAGGUAUCUGUGCCCGGGUAUGUGACACCAGGGAGCUCCUCAUCCCCCCUGGUCUUCCUCUGCUGCAGCUGCCUGUGCUCCUCUGGCAUGCAGAGGCCUGGAGGUGCUGAGAAGAUGGCUUCCCCAGGUGCCUCAGGGACCCGUAUGACAUCUACAGUCAGUAUCAACAUUUCUACUCCUUCCUUUUACAACCCGCAGAAGAAGUUUGCACCUGUGGUUGCCCCUAAACCCAAGGUGAACCCCUUCAAGGCUGGGGGUGUGUCAGAGUCGUCACUGCCGCCACCUCCUGAAGCUGACAGCCAGCGUGCUCAGAUAGGGAAGGUGGGGGAGAUUCCAUCAGUGUCCAUGUCGCUGCAGGCAGAAGAGCUGCCGCUACCACCUCCUCCCCCACCUGGAGAGGAUGCAAGUUUCUCCUCAAACUGUGCAUUUCCCCCACCCCCACCGCCCUUUGAAGAGCCAUUUCCACCAGCACCAGAAGAAGUUUUUCCUUCUCCUCCUUCUCCUCCUCCACCAAUGUUUGAUGAAGGGCCCGUGAGCAAGGUACCCACCCCACAGGUACGUGGCAAGAUGAGCAGCAUUGAUCUUGAGAUUGACUCACUGUCCAUAAUGUUGAAUGACAUGGAGAAGAACAACCCCUUCAAAUCCAGGAUAUUCCCAGGAUCCACAGGUUUUCUGGAGAAACCAUUGGCCUCAGAAGCCUAUGUAGAAAUACCACCUGCACCCAAAGAUACUCCUCGUAGCUUUCCUUCCAAGUUCACUCCAAAGCCAAGCGGAAGCUUAACUUUCAAGCCCCCUGGAGUGGAUUUGACCCCCACCCCAAGGCCAUGGGCAGCCCCGCAGCAAUGCAAGGAACCGCUAGCACCUGUUCCUCCCUCUCUCUCUCCUGCUCAGCCUACCCCUAAAUUCACCCCACCUCAUGUUUCUGGCUCUCCUAAGUCUGUGUCCAAAUCAGGUGCCGGUGUUCCCAUGGUUCACUCAAACUCUACAAGAUAUCCUGCCUCCCUUCAGACUCAGUUCACAGCAACUUCACCUUUAGGUUCCUCCUCUCAGCCACAGCCUCUCAAUUUCACCAAUACUCAGCAGAGGGAGAGACCCCAAGUGCAAGAGAAGCCACAUCCCACAGAAAAACCUGCUGCUGCAAAAGACACGCACAGACCCACAGGCUCCAGUGCAGAUCCACCUAGGGGAAAUUCCUGUCUGACCAUGAAGGAGGUAGAAGAGCUGGAGAAGUUGACCCAGAGACUAAUGAAGGAUAUGGAGCAUCCACCCCCAGCAGAGGCUGUUACUUCUGAUCUCUGUGGCUUCUGCCGGAAGCCCCUAUCACGAACCCAGCCAGCUGUGAGGGCCCUGGACUGCCUUUUCCAUGUAGAAUGCUUUACCUGCUUCAAAUGUGAGAAACAGCUGCAGGGGCAGCAGUUCUACAAUGUGGAUGAAAAGCCAUUCUGCGAGGAAUGCUAUGCUGGGACUUUGGAAAAGUGCAGUGUGUGCAAACAGACCAUUACAGACCGGAUGCUGAAAGCUACUGGUAACUCGUACCAUCCUCAGUGCUUCACCUGUGUGAUGUGCCAUACACCUCUUGAGGGGGCCUCUUUUAUUGUGGACCAGGCCAACCAGCCUCACUGUGUGGAUGACUAUCACAGGAAGUAUGCUCCACGCUGCUCAGUCUGUAGUGAGCCUAUCAUGCCAGAGCCUGGAAAGGAUGAGACAGUGCGUGUGGUAGCAUUGGAGAAAAAUUUUCACAUGAAAUGUUACAAGUGUGAGGACUGUGGGAAGCCCUUGUCUAUUGAGGCAGACGAGAAUGGGUGCUUUCCACUGGAUGGGCAUGUGCUGUGUAUCAAAUGUCACACCAUUCGUGCCAAAACGGCACGCUGAGGAACGUGGAGUGGGCAUACCUUUGAGACUCCUGCACUCAAUCUUCCUCUCCCCACCAUUGUCUUGUCCCUCUGCCUGACGAGGCAGAUUGCUACCAAUGGAGACUACGCCAGCGCAGUUCUUUACUCAUGUAGGAUUCACGGCUCCUAUACUUCACUCUGCACACCCACCAAGAAGGGACUUCUUUACCUACCAGCACUUCCUGGCCACAGUGUAUUCCAGGCUGGGGCCUGUCAUCAAGAUGAGUGCACAGUCUCUGUUUCUCAAGACUCUGGAGGGGAAAGACCAGGCCUCCACCACUGCCUGGUAGAAGUAGCAAGAAUGGCCUGGUGGCAGGUGCUAAGAAGGGCUGAACAUUUUUCUGUUCCAUGGAGCCAAGAAUGAUGAUUUGACCUUAGAAGGUUAAGCUUCCAUUUCAGCACCAGAUCUGUCUUCAUUUGGUUUUUUUGUUUGUUUGUUUUUUCUCUUGUGCCACCUCAUUAUAAGGGUGUCUUCCCUUGCCCCCUCCUUCACUCCUGGGUUAGAGUGUGGAGGCAGAACAAACUGGGAAUCUCUUGUUAUUUUUGCUGGAAAAAGCUAACCUAUUACAGCUUUUCUGUCUCUAAUGGAUUUUACUGGCUAUCUAGUAACUUCUUUUUCCUUAGCCAGAUUAAACUGUCGAAGUUUGGAAUCCUACUCUGUAUCUGAGUUUGUAAACUUUUUUUUUCAAAAACUUUCCCCUCCCCAAACUGAAUUGUUUCCCAGUGUGGGUUCUGGACAGCUAAGCUGGGCACCAGAGUAGCAAAGCAGUCCAAAGAAUGCAUGUUUACAAAUAAAGACUGUCAUAAGGAUGGGCAGCACAUGAUGAGGAUAUGUCUCAGUGUGGGGAUGAAGAUUUAGCAGACUGAGGAACAUCUCCCCAUUCCAGUCAGGAUUCUUUCACUGCUGUUAUUCAAAGCUGCAGUAUAAUUGCAAUAUACGGUCUGGCUCCUAAGUGCUGCUGCACUGAGUCCCAUUUCCUGGACUAGAAACUCUCAGCCUGAGCAAACCUUUUGAAUAGCUACACCGUCCAACCACUUUGCAUUCAAUAAAACGUUCUGGGUUUUUUCCAUUAA